UCGAGAAGAAUUGAAUUACAAUCAGAUUCGUAGAGCAACUUUCCCUAUGGGAUUGUAAGCAGCCUAUAUCAACCAUUCCCCAUUACAAACGGCUUCAUUCUCGUCUGAAUGGUUCGAGGGCGACCAAUGCUAUAGCGAUCGCUCUGGUAUUCGACUGUGAGAGCCACGUAAAAGCAAAUGAUGAGCGAAGAUCUCGAGGCUCACGAGUAACAUGGCGUCGAGUCCUUCCAACGCUCAGUUGGUGUUGUGUUGGGUGAUUUUGUGUGGAGUUUGUUGGGGCCAAACGCCUGGGACGACUUCAUGUGAAAGGAUAAAGCCUUGUACUUGUACGGGUAAACGUGUGGUUUGCCAGGACCAAAGCUUAACUCGUAUUCCGUUGGGGAUUCCUUCAGACAUCACAUCCUUGGAUCUUAGUAAUAAUAAUAUUGAACAUAUAGACACUCAACGCUUAUCGAAGUUCAAGUCCUUAAAAGAACUCAUCCUUCAUCAUAACAAGAUCAAGAAACUUCCCCCUUGGGAUUCAUUUCCUACUACAUUAACUGUCCUCUCUCUACAUCACAAUAAAAUCACGACAGUACCUUCCUUCAACACCACGAAGCAACACUCCCUCAGAAAACUGUAUUUGAAUAGCAACAAGAUAAAGACUGUAGGCAUCAAUGCAUUCACGAACCUCACCAGGUUAAAAUUCUUGAAACUAAACAGAAAUAAAUUCACAGCUAUCCCUCUUGCCCUAUCACAGUUAAACUCUCUAGCUAACCUAGACCUUAGCAGAAACAGCAUCAAGUUCGUGUCAAAGUCAUUGCAAGGACUCGUACUUUUGCGAACUUUAAAGCUGUCCAAGAAUCGUAUAUCAGGGAUACAGAGCAGAGAUUUAAGCAAAAAUGAUAUAUCAUGGACGGUAGACGAGAUGAAUGGCUUAUUCAGUAGCCUCAGAAAUCUAGUCUUUUUGAGGUUGGAUGGCAACCGAAUCACUGCCAUUUCAGAAAAUGCCUUCGUUGGGCUUGAAAACUUGAAAUUUCUGAAUCUGACGGGCAACGCCAUCACAUCGGUGCAAGAAAAUGCUUUCCGUGUUUUGACCAGUCUUGGUAUACUGUGGCUCAACACUACACAUCUUAUGUGUGACUGUAAGGUCAAGUGGCUUCCAGAGUGGUUCAAAAGUCAGAAAAUGUCCUUGACAACAGUACAAGCCCGCUGUCUUCACCCACAGCAUCUUCACAUGAAAAGCGUCUUCAACAUCACACCUUCAGCAUUUAUAUGUGACACCAGCAACCCAGUACCACAGAUAUCCCGUCACCCUUCCUCGCAACAGGUAUUAAAAGGAAAGAACGUCACUCUACGAUGCCAAGUACAGGUGUUACAAAAAAAUAAUUCCGGCGUGCAGUUAAGUUGGAGACAUGAUCGUGAUGUCAUGAAGACUGGAAGCAUCACAAAUUAUGCCAAGAUCUCAGAUGCCAACAUGGUGAUAUAUACAAGUGAUUUAAAGCUCACAAGAAUAGAUUUUAACGAUGCUGGAUUCUAUCAGUGUCUUGCUCAUAGCAAGUUUGGCUACGCGUCUUCGAUGAGAGCAAAAUUGGAUGUUUUUGAACUCCCUUCAUUCACAAGCAAACCCAAAGAUGUAACCGUCCAGGCUGGGGAUACCAUAAGACUACCAUGUGGGGCCACAGGCCAACCAAAGCCUACAAUAUCCUGGCGAAAAGACGAAGGCAACACCAAAUUCGCUGCUGCGGAAGAGCGACGCAUUAUCCACCAUGAGUCCAAAGACUUGUUUUUGAUAACAGGUUCCAAGUCUAAGGAUACAGGAUACUACACGUGUAGUGCUACAAACGAUGCUGGGUCUAUAAAUGUCACGGCGCACGUGACAGUAUUGGAGGUUCCACGCUUCAUGCAAGCCAUGAGCAGCAAGACUGUCAAGGAAGACGAAAGCGUCGUCCUUGAGUGCAUCGCUAGUGGCAGCCCAAAGCCAAGAUUCGCUUGGUACAAGGACGAUAGAGAGUUGUCUCUAAAUGCGCGAGUCCUUACACAUCUGAAUGGUCAGCUACUUGUUAUUGUAAAAGUUGAACUGGAUGAUGAGGGCACCUACAUGUGUGAAGUGUCGAAUGCUCUCGGUACGGCCAGACAAUCCGCUCAGUUGACGGUGCUAACAGGUACAUCGGUUAAAGUAGAUCAAAAAGAGGACAAAGAAUCAAGCGACAAGAAGACAUUCUUAGGAAUCAUAGUCGUCGUUGUUGUAUCAUGUGUAGUAGGGACGUCACUUGUAUGGCUAUUAGUCAUUUAUUGCGCUCGUAGGGGCUCAAACAGACGACGCAAACACGAGGAGCUUCACACUACAGCUGCACCACGAGAAGACGUUAGUUAUAUCCCUCUGAAAUCCUACAGUUCGGGCAGCACUCAAACCAGUCGUGAUUCUCCACGAUCAACAGCAACAUUUACUACUUCAACUGGAUCUCAGGGUUCGGCUUUUCCUCCGAGUACUUCGAGUUCAGAGACAAACUCAGGGUCUGAAAAGGCUCUAACUGCGGAUAACAUAAGUUCUGAGACUUCAGUUAAGGGAAGUCAUAGUUCGUUAGCGUCGUCUUGUCCGUCGGACGCUUCAGAACCUUUAAGACAGGUUAUACACGUUCAAAUUCAUAGUUCGGACAGUGACACUGAAAAAUGUAAAAGCGUAUCACCCGCGCGGAGAAAAGGAGCUAGUUCUACAAAAGACAAAAACAGAACUAUAAACUGCCGAUGUGGGCAUCCGUGUGGGAUGAAUGUCAAAUGCGCGUGUGGUAUUUCCAAUGAGAUAUCUGAAGAAACUGAACACGAUGGACUGCUUACCGAGGAAUACAAUACGAGUCAUGUAUAGCAUAUGUAUGUAUAUAGGUGUAUAUAUAAUAGAAAAUAUCGUUAGUACAGAAAACUUCCAAGUCAGUCGCGUUAGUAACUGCUCCACAAGACGAAAAUGACGCGAAGAAAAAGAGAUGUGAAGGCUGUAGAAUGUGGUUGUUGGCGGUGCGUUUUUGAAUCAGUGAUGCGCAAAUAUGGGUUUCAUUCCCUUCCGUCUCCCGUCAUCUACCUCUCGGUAAAUCCUCCCAUCCCACAACGCUUUAGUGCACACCAUCCUUGUGAUUCUGACUCCAGAAGUUCAGCAUAGAUGUAAGUGCAUUCUCAGCCUUCACUGAGCAUAUAAUAUAGAUUUAUACAUAGAGAUUAUUCAUAGAGUAUUAUAUGAAUAGAUUAGAGUAUAGUAUAGAAUGUAAAUAUAGACUGACGAAGAUAUUUUCACCGUUCUGACAGGAAGUUUCUAAGCACAGGGCGCCUUGCCUAGAUGUUUGUUUUCUACAAUCCACACUGAUUUUUCUCGACUUCUGCCAUUUUUCUAUGAAAACUGAAAGUGAGGUUAUCUUCGUUGCUUUCCAAAGGAAAGGAAGACUUAGAACCACUAUUGACUUGCUCUUUUCACUCGCUACUGUCUAUACAGGGGGAAAAGGUAGUGCGCAUGCUCGAAAUGGCGGAUACAAACACGGAACAUUACCCUUAAACGUUUGGGUUUUGACUUCCAUAAUUAAAAAUUGAUAAUAAUCAGACGGGGAAAAUUUGAUUUAUGAAACCAAAAUCUCAUACAUUCAUGAGGGAUUCUGUGCUUUGCUUCUGCUUUUCCAGACAUGCGCAAUACUGUUUUAGCCUUUGUACUUAAAGGCAAGGCUGUCGUCUAUUUAAUGGCUUCAAAAUUGUCUCACUGCACUGCUAAUUACGUACCUAGUUUAAUAACCUCUGUUUUUGAGGUGAUGUAGAAAACUAGAUAAGAAAAAGAUUCUCUUUUAUCGUCAAAUGCAAAAGGUGAAGGGAAAUGUGUUCAAUGGCGGAACACGAUUUGCGAACCCAUUUCUUGAACAUUUGCCAUGGCGGGAAAAGAGAAACUCCUCAUUGUUCAUGUCAUAAUUCUAAUCUUAUAGGAAUAGGGAAAAUAUGGCUAUCUAUUUAUAGCCUUUAAUUAUUACAGAAUGUAUUUAUUGCACUCCAAUUUUAAAUGCAGUCACUACCUCUGGACGUGUUUUACUACUACUACUACUACUCCUUUGUAAAAUAGUAAAAGCAUGCAAAGGAACUUUGAAUAUUUACUAGACUGUUUGUCCCUCACCGGGGACGAGAGUCUAGGUAUGAAGUUAACUUUUUUUAUUCAAGAAAAAAUAAAAUAUUUCAUCGUUAUUA